AUGUCGUCCCCCGCAGGUACCGAUGCAGCAGCAGACGUCGCGCCGCCGCCCCGCCCCGCGACCAACAGCCUCGUCAGCGCCGCCGCCCGUCUCGCCGUCACCUACGCGGCACCGUACCUCGACGACCGCCUCCGCGCGUCGCAGGCGCCCUUUGCGCAAGCCGACAUCAUGCUCCCGCACCACGACUCCCGCUGGUGGGGGUGGACGCACUACGGCGUCUUUUUGCCGCGGCUGCCCGAGCCGUACCGGUUCCUCAACUUUAUGACGUUGAUCGGCGCCACGGGCACGGCCUGCUUCGACAAUGACUACCUCGUCGCAGCCGGCAGCGACGCGCGCGACACGGCGACGCUGCUGUCGGCGACGGCGCACGGCGACGAGCACCACUACGAGGCGUAUGACGCGGCGUCGGGCAGCUGCGAGUUCCGCGCGGAUGGGUCGCGGCUGGUUUGGGGCAGCGAUGGCGUUGGCGGCGGCGGCGGAGACUUGGUGCUAGAAUGCCGCCAUCCAGAGUACACGGUCGCGGGGCGCUUCCGCCACAUGCGUGUCCACAUUGCGGUGCGGGCGACGGAGCACGUCUCGUACUUUACCAAGAUGCCGCUCUACGACCACUUUAGCGUACUAGCAACCUACACGGGCUCUAUCCAGGACGCCCGCAGAGGCAGCGACGGCGGUGGCAUCACCACGACGCCGAUAUCCGGCCUCUGCACCGUCGAGUACGGGCGGUGCAUGACGCCGCAGGCGCUCACGCGGCGGCCCGUGCCGACAGCGCUCAAGCUGCCCGUCACCUUCUUCACCUACCAGAUUGUCAACCUCGACGCGUCGACGCAGCUGCUGCUGACAAAGGUGACGGGCGCGGGCGGCAGCACGCUGUGUCUGCUGGCGCAUCUGCGGACGCUGAGCGGUGGUGGCGCGGCGCGGGUGUUUGAGCGGACGGAGCUGGAAGUCGUCGAGUAUGCAGAGAAGCGGCUGGUGGACGGGCAGGGCCGCAGCAUGAGGGUGCCGAGGCGGAUGCGGUGGACGGUGGACGAGGAUGAUGGCGGGGAGAGGCUGCUGCAGCUCGAGGCGGACGUGGAUGCGCCGUUUCGGUAUGGGCACGGGCAGGGCUAUGUGAGCGCCUACACGUUUAAAUGCACGUGGGCAAGUAGAUUGUUGACUGGCACUGGAUAUCUGGAAUGGAUUGACUUGGACGGGUAA